AUGAGCUCCUCCUCCUCCAUCGUCUCCAACCCCUUCGCCGGUUCCGAUGUCACCCUCGUCCGCGACCUCAACAUCCAUGUGUGUGUCCUUGUGGUUCUUGAUCAAUCCACCGCCUCCUACUCCGCUUGGAAGCGGUACUUUUCCUUGGUGUUUCGUGAGUACCUACUCCAUGGCCACGUUGACGGCACCGUGGACUCGAGCCUCAUGAUUCACGGCGAGGAGUGGAUGAUCCUCGACGCCACCAUCAUCCGCUGGUUCUACCUCACCAUCUCCAGCGACCUCUUCCACACCGUGGUGGAUGAUGACGACGACGCCUACGCCGUCUGGACCAAGCUCAACGGCCUCUUCAUCGACAAUAAACUGCAGCGCAAGGUCCUUCUCCAUGGCGAGUUUUACAGGUGCCAGCAGCUUGACUCGUCCAUCCACGAUUUUUGCAUGCGCCUCAAAAAGCUUGCCGACGAGCUCCGCGAUCUCGAGGAGACGGAUUUUGGGAACGCCGCCUCCAACCUCACCCUCAUCCCGGGGCCUACCUUCGCUAAGGUGGUGGCGUACCUCAAGUUGGAGGAGCGACAGAUGAAGAUGGCCCGGACUCGGGCGACCCACGCCGCGCUUGUCGCCGACACCCGCGGGGGCCAGGCACCACCGCCGCCGCGCCCCGCACCGGUCCACCAGCUCGCGCCCGCCUUCUCGCAGGCCCCGGCCGCCCCCUUCCCGCCACCCCAGCCUGCCGCUAAUGGGGGCCGCCGCGGGGGCCGCCGUGCAGGCCGCAAGCAGCAGCAGGGCGCGGGCGCUUAG